AAGAUCCGGGUUGCAGAGGGAAAACGAGGGCUCACGCACGAGUCUCCGCUAAGGUGGGAGGGGAUCUCCAAGAGCACGCAGGCUUUCCCGUGUCUUCUCUCUCCCUCUGGAGUAGAAACCUCCGCUGACACGUGCUGCAAAUUGUUUGAACGGGAUGAAAUUACAAGGGAUUGGAAGAGCAAAAGCUGCCAUGAGACACAGCUACACUAGCCUUCUCGUUUUUAUCCUGGCUUCCCAGAUGGUUGACGCAACACUGUCAAAAACAGAUGCAAAAAAAGCUGCCUCAAAAACACUGGAGGAAAAGACUUACCAUUCUGGUAAAACAGUGCAAGAUCGUGGCCUGGUAGUUACCGAUUCAAAGGCAAAGGAGAUCAUCUUGGAACACAAAAGCUACUGUGCUAAAAAAGCCCAAGAGCGAUACUUCUUAGGAGAUGUUCUGGGCUACAUUACUCCUUGGAACAACCAUGGCUAUGACAUUGCUAAAAUAUUUGGAAGCAAGUUUACAACUAUCUCACCAGUUUGGCUGCAGGUGAAGAGACGGGGCAAGGAGAAGUUUCAGUUCACAGGACUUCAUGAUGCUGACCAAAGUUGGAUGAAGGAAGUCAAGAAGAAUGCUAAAAACAUCAAAAUAGCACCGCGGAUUUUGUUUGAAGGAUGGACUUUCCAAGACUUCGAGAGUGUGUUUGACAGUGAAGAUGAGAUAGAAGAGCUUUCAAAUAACAUGGUUCAAGUAGCCAAAAGUGAAAACUUUGAUGGUUUUGUGGUUGAAGUCUGGAGUCAGCUAGGAAGUCAAAAGACAACGGGUCUGAUCCACUUGCUCACUCACCUCUCAGAAGCUCUGCAUCAAGCUCAACUUCAGCUAAUAACAGUCAUCCCUCCUCCUAUUAUGCCAGGAACCAACCAGCUGGGCAUAUUUACCAAGAAAGAAUUUGAUCAGCUAGCCCCGGUAGUGGACAGCUUCAGCCUCAUGACAUACGAUUAUUCAGCACCGCAACGGCCUGGCCCUAAUUCCCCGCUACCUUGGAUGCGAGCGUGUGUUCAGAUGUUGGAUCCAGAAUCCAAAUGGAGAAGUAAAAUCCUUCUGGGGCUGAACUUUUAUGGCAUGGAUUACUCAGCACUGAGUGCUUCAGGGGAACCAAUAUUUGGUAACAGGUAUAUAGAAGUCUUGAAGGAACAUAAGCCUAAACUGGUUUGGGAUGAACAAAUAGCUGAACAUUAUUUUGAAUACAAAAAAAGUAAAGGAGGGAAGCAUGCAGUCUUCUACCCCACCUUAAAGUCCAUCCAACUGAGGUUAGAGCUUGCAAAGGAACUGGGCACAGGAAUAGCCAUCUGGGAACUGGGCCAAGGCCUGGAUUAUUUUUAUGACUUGCUUUAAAAUAAGACACAUUCUUUUCUUCAUUGACUUUUCAUCUUCAGUCAACUGAAGCAUAUAAAAGGGGAGGGGGAUGCAGGCAGGAACAUUAGUUUUGGGGAUGUAAUGUAAUUUAUACGAAAUCAACUUCAGAUUUUCCCAAUAAAGUAUCUCCUUUGAAGUUACUGUGCUUCAUGUAAUGCAUGGAGAAUGGUAAUAAAAAGCUGGAGUUGGAAGAUCCACCAGUGCCAGCCUGCUGAGAACAUUACAGGUGACUUGAUUUUGGUGAGAAACGGUAAGACCUCUUCAUUUUUGUAAUUUUUGAAAAUGUUUGAUGUUAGCUGAAGGUAUAAUACUUGCAAGCCAAUCCUGUACUUUUUUACAGUAGCACAGUGAAACCUACUCCCCAGUAAGAAUGCAUAGAACUGCCGCUUUAAACAGUCAAGUGCCUGAGCAAGAAUAUCCAAGAAACCAAGGAAGGCUACAAUGGACAGGAACAGGUAACACUGAAAAAAUGUUCAAAAUGGAACCUUAAAAGAAGUAGAGCUACAUCAUCAGAAAUGCUUUGCAAAAUUGAGGGCAACGUUUACAGAAGUGUAGGAUGCAGGUGCCAAGGAACUCAGGCCCCUCACACUGUCAGUAGGUGUUGGGGGCUCUUCACACAGUGCCUGGGUUCACACUGCGUGGUAAGCCAUGGUGGCCCAUAAACCAGGGGUGGCUUGUCAUGUUGUCUGAACCUGACCAGAGUGACUUGUGCGUGGAUCACAAAGCAGGAUACUGGGUUCAGACAGCAUGGCCAGCGACCACGGCUUACGUUGGGUGAACCCUGAUGUCGCAUUUAUACUGGUACACACCAGAGAUGUGCUCCAUAGACAUCUAAAAAUGCAAAGUGUGAAUGCGGUAGACUUGCAAACGCGUGCAGUGGAAGUCUGUGUCUACCAGGGAGGCAGGGCUGCUGCAAACCUUGGGACCAAUCUUUCAAAUUUUAUUUUAUGAGAAACAGUUCUGGGAAGACACAAUUCGGACAGAGGAACACCUGCAGGGAGAGGGCAGGGCACACGUGCUGCCUAAACAGUGCCCGUUUUUUUCCUGUUCCGACUGGACUCUUCAUCUAGCUUCUCUUGGAAUGAAAAUAUAUUGUUGUCCCUGGGGAAGGAAAGCAGCUUGGGUGAGCAAAAUAGCCAGAGAGGAGCAACUGCUGCA